AUGCAGAAGGUCUCGCGCGUUCUCAAUGAACGCACGGCCAACGAGGAAGGCGACGCUGCGCUGAGUCGCAAGUUGAGCGACCCCACGGACUUUGACCUCGAGGAUCCAGAGCUGCUACUGCGACCGGAUGAUAACAUCCUGCUGCGAAGGGAUUCCAGGUGUAUCAUUAUGGAUGCCUUCGAGCUUGGACGGGAGUUCCCGGAGGUGGAGAUUGACCCGCGCCUGGUCUUUGACAACCCCACCAUCGAGCAAUUGUCGCAGGCUAUUGUUGACCUGCCCAAGACUCAAAGGACCAAGAGCGUGGAAAGCGCGAGUACUGCUCAACCAGGUGUGACAUUGACCUCCGUUCCCUUCACCCAAUUGACCACCUUUACUGGUGAAGUGGCGCCAUGCGCUUAUCAUCCUGCAGGUGAUGCCUCCCGCUACAUGCGCAGCCGCGACGGCAUGGAAAGUGUUCUUAUCCCCGGGGGCCAGGCGCGGAUUGGCGAUGACACCAGCUGCCCUUCGGCCCGCGAAAACGAAGGACCCUCGCACAUGGUGGAGCUGAGCACUUUCUUGAUGGACAUCGAACCUGUGAGUUUGGGUGCAUACGCGCGUUUCUUGAACUCCGCAAAACCUAAUCAAGACCAGCUGUUCGAUUGGUGCCUUCUGCCUGCGGAAGAUGCGCGCUGUGCUCAUUUGCCCUUGACCCUGGGUGAGGAUGGCUGGCAGGUCAAGAUGGGAGUGCCACCCAAUUGGCCCAUGAUCUUGGUUUCUUGGUAUGGAGCCAAUGCCUAUGCUCUGUGGGCCCAUGGACAGGAUUGGCGCAACUACAGGAGUGCUGCAAGCGCCCACUUCUUGCCCACGGAAGCUCAGUGGGAAUAUGCCGCGCGGGGGCAGGAAACGCUCCAAUUCCCGUGGGGAGAUGAGGAUGCCACCCCUGAUCUCUUGAACGUCUGCUGGGAUGCCAGCACCUACGACAGCAAGGGCAACGUCACGGCGCAUGUGGCUACUCCCCUGGAGGAGUUACCCUUGGUCGGGGUGAAUGUCUUGAUGGGAGUGUCACCCUUUGGACUCCGAGGCAUGGCUGGCAAUGUUUGGCAAUGGUGCCGCGACACUUACCACACCAAUUUCUACAUGUGCACCGAGGCCAGCCUGAAAGAUGCCUGGAACGCUGAAGAGGAGGAGGGCGCCCUAAAGAGCGAGCGCGGUGGCAGUUGGGUCGGCCCCGCUGUGGUUCCCGUCAACCCACCUCGUCAGGUGCGAAUGCAGAUGGAAUCAUUCGAUGAAAGUCAGGUCAUCAUCCUUGAAGGCUGCUUUUGCAACUAUGAGGGCUGUUUGUGUGGCCCUCACAUCGGCUGUGCAGAGAAGGAUACGUGCUGCUGCAUUGAACUUGACUGUUGCUGCAAAACCGGGAGCCCAUGCCUUCGUUUCGGCUGUUGCGACUUACGUGUUGUGGACACAAGCGCGCUGUGCAAAGUUCAAGCACAGACUUGUUGCUGCGUCCGUGCCUGCUCGCUUCCUCCGGACCACACCGUUCCAUCGAUCUUCGGCCUGCGGAAGUUUGAAGCAGUGUCUGGGACCUGUAGCUGCGAGAGUUGCCUCUAUGGGGCCUGCUUGCGGAAGUUUGAAGCAGUGUCUGUGGCCUGUAGCUGCGAGAGUUGCCUCUAUGGCCUGCGGGAAGGUUUGAUCGUGGGAGCUGCCGCGGCGCGUUUGAGGCGCUUGUCUGGGGCCUGUAGCUGGGAGAGUUGCCUCUAUGGGGCCUGCCUGCGGGGAGGUUUGGUCGUGGGAGCUGCCGCGGCGCGUUUGAGUUUCUUCUCGGAGCAUCCCAUUGCCCGGAGGGAGCCGCUGGCGGAGAUUCUGGCUUCCACAGGAGAAGGUGGGAACUAUGGGGAGUUGGUACGGCUCCACUUAGAAGAGCCCUGGCAGGGCACCAAGGAAGUCAUCGCUAAGCAGAUCAGACCCACAAUCAGCGAGGUUGGCAUGUCUGAGCUGCGGCUGACAGAGCAUCGUCGCUUCCUUCGAGGCUUCCAAGUGGAGGCUGCUGCCUAUGAAAACCUCUCGGCUGAACUGCUGGCAGCGAACUUGACUGUGCCGCGCUUACUUCAUGUAGAGAGGUCGCAAGAUGCGACCAAUUGGCCUUUGACCAUUUUUCUGGAGGACCUCAGCCUGCGCUUCCCCCGUGGGGCUCGUGGCCAAGUGCGGCGCAUGACUUUGGAGGAAACCCAUGCGGCUUUGAGGUGGCUGGCGGGACUGCAUGCCUUGUUCUGGGAGCGUCCAAAGGCGGCGCUACGGGGCUUGUGGCCCAGAGGGACCUAUUGGAUCUUGGAUAAGUUGGGAAAGCUGCAGCUGGAAGCGUUGCCCGAGGGCUUCCACAAUCGCUACUUGGCUGCCUCUGAAGUGGAGGCCUUGCAGUGGAUGGCGGACGCCUUGGAUGCGAGGAUGGCCGGACGUGAUCCUUUAAAUGCCACCCAGCCACCUGACUGGCGUUUCCGGACUCUGGUGCAUGGUGAUGCAAAGCCCGAGAACAUCCUUUGCACUGCUCCACCUGCCGCUGUGCAUUGCGCCGCCCUGGAUUUCGGUUGGGUGGGCGAAGGCUAUGGUGCGUGCGAUGUGGCUUAUCUCCUGUGGGACCAGAUCGCGACCAAUGUCGUCGAGGACCUUGUGAAUUUCUACUACUCUUUGCUGCAGGAAAGGCUUCCAGCAUCCAGUGUCUACAGCCGUGACAUUCUGCAGCAGCACUUUGACCUGUGCGUGAUGGACUUCAUGCGAUGGCAGCUCGGAUUUCAAGGCGGGCGCCACUUCUGGGCCAUGUUCCUCGGCUGUCAUGGCAGUGAACUGGCAUUUGCUGUUGGCUUAUGUGCAUCCCAGGAAUUUAUGCCAAGGAACCUCUUAUAA